AUGUCAGAAGUAGUGGAAGAACCUAAUUUUUUAAUUCAUCAAGCAACACAUUUGUUUUUACAGGAACCUAUUCAUUUUCAAAUUAUCCAGAUGAACAAAGCAGUUUUCAUUUGGAUUGGAAAAGCAGAUGGUGGGCUGGGAGACAUGUCAGUAGCGAUACCACCUUUUGGUUCAAACAUUCAACCUUCUGCCACAACUAUCUUUAGUAAAAGUACAUCUGAACAUAGUAAAAAUUUAGCUCCUUUAAAAUUCAAACAGCAAUUCUAUGUCAGUUUAGACCUAUCUAGUCCAGACGAUUUACUAUUUGUAUUUGUAGAAAAGAAGUUAACUGAAACAUUAAAGAAUGUAAUGUAA